UAUCAGCGACCCCGUAGCUACGGUUCAGUAGCGUCUCUGUAGCAGUCUCUGCUUACGUCGCGACUUAUCUAUUUUACUUCGUCCUCUAUUGAAUCGCGGUUCUCCGUCAGGCAACUAUCCGAGCGUUGUACUCCUGUUAGAGGCGGAGAGACCAACAAGACUCGAAUGGGGGCGAACCAGUCGGUUAACGACGAUUCCGACUCCGGAUCAGACGAGGAAGAGGAGGAGAGGCAACGAGGAGAGGACGAGGGGGAGGAGGAUGAUGAGGAGGAGGAUGGGGAGGAGGAGCAGCGCGGUGUAGCUAAUCGCGGUCAGGCAGGUAAUGGUGUGGACGAGGAUAGAAUGGAGGAGGGCGACGAACAAGGCGAAGGGUUACCCGAGGGAGGCGAACAGAGGAGUCUCGUGGGACGAGACUGCCGUCCCGCAAGGGUGCCGGUGGCUGCGAGCAGUGCCCCUGGGUCCAGGCAUCCAGCACAGCCAAAUCAUCAUAACCCCGACAGUGUGAGAGGCAACGACCUAGCAGCCGAGGAGGAAUGGCCGUUAACGAGCAAGGGCAAUAGCAAGGGCAAUAGCAAGGGCACGAGCAAGCAGCGGGAGGCGAAGCGGGAGCCGUCGUCAGAAGAAGGCGGGAGUUACCGGCGGGAAGUGGUGGGGGGACCUCCCCGCAGCGGCCUAAGAUCGUACUCCCGCGCAGACGGACCAACCGGGGCAGGCGGAAGGCUGGGUGACGCAGGGCGAGCGAACGGCCUCAAUGGGACGAGAGUAAGGGAGAAGACGAGCAUCAGAAGCAGUGGUGAUUCUUCCGGAACUAGCCCUUCUGGUGCUGCUGCUGGUGCUGGUGCUGGUGCUGGUGCUGGUGAUGGUACGGCUGGUACUGGUGCGGGUGGCGUGUUGCUGUUGGAGCAGGAGCCGGAGGUGAGUCCGUUUCGGCAGUCGCAGCUGCCAGUGGAGCCGCAGCACAACUCCCCGCAGUCCUCCCUCCCCGCCCCCACCCCCCAUGACAUGCUUCCAGCCGUCCGCCUCUUGCCGCCUACUGCCGCUGCUGCCCCUGCUGCUGCCAGUGGUAAUUCUUCCAGCGGCGCUGGUGCUCCUGCUCCUGCUUCUCCUGCUGCUCCUGCUGCUGCUGCGGCUGCGGCUGUGGCUGCUGCUAUGGUUGCUUUGGAAGGUGUGGGCCAGGGGUUGGUGAAUGCAGAUGUUGUUGCUCCUAGUGGGGCCGGCUCUGGUAGCCGCAGCCGUAGCAGCAGCGGCGGCAGCACUAGCAGUGCCGGCAGCAGCAGCAGCGGUGGCAGUGCGGAUGGUUUCGCUGGGAAGCUGGCAGGGGAGAGCAGCGACGGGACUGAAAGCUACAGCAGCGUCAGCAGCAGCCGAAGUGGUGGAUAUGGUGCUAGUUUUGCUGCUGCUGCUGCUGGGGAAGGUGGUGGAGAAUCAAAAGAGAGUGCCACUAGCAGGAGCAUUGCUAGCAGCGUGGGGGACUCUGGGGAGCUCUCCCUGAGUCACAUGCUUGCCCCCAGCCCUGCAGUCGCUGACGCUCUAGCAGCAGCGGCGGAGGCACACGGGGAGGGGAAGCCGGGGAGAAGAGGAGGGAAGGAGCAGAGCUGGGUGAGUGGUGAGAAGCUGGUGACCGUGAGACCAGGCAGUAAUGGAGUCAUCGUGGCAGCUGUUGGAACGGUAGCAGGGCCUGAGAUGACUUCUGGUGGAGAUGAUCCGCCUGCGCCUUAUGACCCUGCUGCUGCUGCUGCUGCUGUUGCUGCUGGUGGUGCUGCUGCUGGCAUUACAGCAGGUGCUGGUGGUGGUGGAGUUGUUUCGGAUGGGGAGAAAGUGGAAGCAGGGAAGGGUAAUGGAGAGGAAGCAGCAGGGUCGGAGGCAUGGCAGGGGCUGCUGGAUGCUCAGCUGGAUGUGAUGAGUGUGUCUCGCCCGCUCUCCUCGCACCCCUUCCUGCACUCCUCCUUUACCCCCAGCGACUUCUCCACUGAGUUCUACAUCAUCCGGCACGGCGAGGCGUCGCACAACGUGUCGACGCUCAUCGGGGGCCGGUCUCACGAUGCGCCUCUCACUGCGCUGGGCCAGCGCCAGGCGCACCUGCUGGGGGCCUUCCUGCGGGACUAUGCCGCGCUGCGCUUCGACGCCAUCUUCUCCUCGCCCAUCGAGCGCUCCAAGCAGACUGCUGUCAUCGUCUGCCAGGAGAUAGGCGAGUCGGAGAGCCGCAUCCAGUACUCGGACGAGCUGCAGGAGCUGUCGCAGGGGUCGUGGGAGCGGCAGCCACGGCAGUCCAUUUACCACCACGGCGUGCUGGAGCAGAUGACUGCUGCCCAGCCUGACUUCAGAGCCCCCGGAGGGGAGAGCCAGAGACAGGUGGAGUUCCGCAUGGUGGAGUUCAUCAACAGCGUGCUCUUCGCCCGCCAGCACCUCAUCUCCCCGGGCCCCUCCGCCCUCGCUGCUGCGCACUGCCUUGGCCUCCACACCAGCCACUCCGCUCCGUCCCUGCACCACCUCUCUGCCUCCCCCUCCCCCUCCUCCUCCUCUUCAACUUCCUCCUCCGCCGCCGCUUUCUCUUCCACCUCCUUCUCCUCCUCAUUCUCUUCAUCUGCUGCCACAGCUACCAAGGAGCGCCGUCCAAGGCCACCUUUCUUUUCUCCUGGAGCACAAGCCACAGGAGGAGACGCAGCAGCAGCAGCAGCAACAAGUGGGGACAGUCAGAGCAGCGGUACCAACGGUAACGCUGGUAACGCCCAUGCAAGCCAUGCCAGCAGCAGCAGCGGAAGCCAUCACAGCAAGGAUGGUGUAUUCCGGGUCGCUGUUUUUUCUCACGGGACUGCCAUACGAUGCCUCCUCCGCGGUCUCCUCGGGUCCAACCCCCACCUCACACAGAACAUCGGCAUCGACAACACGUCCAUCACUGUGCUCAAGCACACGUCCAAGAAGGGCUGGCAUCUGGUGAAGACAAAUGACACCGCCCACCUCAUCAUUGCCAAGGGUCCUCUUUCCUCCCAGCAAGCCUGCUGCUAGCCAAGAUGCUGCAGCUGGUGCCUUGGGUUCGUGGAUGAGCUGAGCAAUUCUGAUGCUGCAGGUGCUGCUGAUGCUGGUGGUGAUGCUGAUGAUGCUGGGGAGGGACUAUGCUGGUAGGGACUGCUGUUUGGUUGAGUCAGCCUGUUUGUGUGUUCUGGAUUGCAGUUCAGAGUUAUAAGCUGUCAAUUUUUUGUCAGUGAGGGCUUGGGUGUGGAGGCUGCUGGUGCCGUCUGCAUGCCUCAUGGUGCCAUCUGCAUGGCUCAUGGAUGUAUCAGACAUCAUGGGAUAGAAGGCAGUGAACCAUGCCAACAGUAUUGUACACCAUCUUUGAAAUGAAUAC